AUGCUAUUUUUACCUAGAUGUGGCAUCAAAGAUGAUGCAUUGGAGUUCUGUAGCCGGAAGGAGGUACUACUAGUUAUGCUUUUCGGCGCUUUUUCUUAUGUUCACUUAUUUUACGAUGUUUUUGGUUGUUGGUCUCGUAUUUUCAAUAGAGCCAUGGAAAGAUUGUCACGGUAUUAUUUUAUAAGCGGUACUAAACAGCAUAUCAUCAUUUUCGAAAAACUGCAUCAUACAAAUAGGGAAUGCGGUUUGAAUGUUUCAAAUUUUCACCACAUGGUUAAUUUGAUUUCAGCUCCAUAUUGGCUAUGGUUCUCUACUGGAGAAUUUGUUAUGGUACAGCUUAUGGUUGGCUCAUUUUUCUUGAUCUUGCAUCGAAUGAGCAGGAUAUCUGCUGCUCCCAAUAUACGCGAUAGUCAACGUCAUCAGCUGUUUAGCCUUUUUUGGACAUUCGAAACAUCGGCGUUAGCUGAUUUGGGCUAUCAUAUGAGUUUGUUUUAUCUCGCUGAUGAUAGAAAAGGUUGUAGUGGUGUCUUUAAUCAUGAUCAAUUGCGCUAUUCCUUGCUGAAAUUUCCCUAUGACAUUGUUUCUUUUCUAUUGCCAGUGUGGGCAAUCCUAUAUGUGUUUCGAACAACAAGGAAACCUAAUAUAUACAAUGACGAUUCUACAGAAUCAAUUUAUGCAUCACGAGGGUCAUCAAUCGGAUCAAUUGCCGAUGUUGUGGUAGUUAGGAACUGGCGUCGACGUUAUCGUCCGCUCACACAGGUAGGUUCCAAUUAUGUUUGAGU